AAAGUGAACCCUCAACCUCAAACCCUGUAAUCUGUAUGUUCCUCUGUGUGUGUGUGUUGUCUGCUCACCUAAACCAUCUUCUCUUCUCUUUUCUCUCUCGCCGCUUUUCUUUCUUUCUCUCUCACCUCACACUACACCCCAAUAUAUAGUAUCGUAUAUGACAAAUACAUAAGCGUAUGCAUCUAUCUAUCUCUAGAUUUGGUCGUGUAGUGUUAAUGAUUUUGUAUUAAGUAAUAAAAUAGAGUUUGCAGAGGCUGAGGCAGGGACAGGCACGGGUCCAACUGCAGUAGGCGGCGGCGGGCGGCUCUCCGUUUUACACACUCUUAUUCGCCAUAUGCACAAAUCCCCUAAUCAUGUCCCGAAUAUGUGUCAAAAACUUGCCAAAGUAUGUUGCAGAGGACCGCCUCAGAGACUUCUUCUCUCAGAAAGGGGAAGUCACCGAUGCCAAACUUAUGCGCACCAAGGAUGGGAAGAGCAGGCAAUUUGGCUUUGUGGGAUUUCGGACAGACCAUGAAGCCCAAGAAGCCAUAAACUACUUCAACAAGUCUUUCAUGGAUACUUGUAGAAUUACUUGUGAGAUUGCUCGGAAGGUUGGAGAUCCCAACAUGCCGCGCCCAUGGAGUCAGCACUCACUGAAGAAAAAGGAGAAUUCUUCUGAAGAAGAGAAGAGAGUAACCAGUUCAAAAGAUUCUAAAACCGUAGUCCUAGAAGGGAAAAGCAAGAAGAGUAAGAAUAAGAAGGAUGAUGAGAAUGAUGACCCUCAACUCCAAGAGUUUCUUCAGGUCAUGCAGCACCGUAGCAGAUCAAAAUUGUGGGCAAAUGAUACACUUGCAGCUCCUUCACUUGAGCAAAGUGAAAUAGCAUCAGCGAAUAAGGUCCAGAUGACAAAAGGACGUGGAGAGAACUUAGAUGGAGAGGAUACUGAUCUUGAGGGAAUUAAGGGAGAAGGAACUGUUUUAUCAGAGAAACAAGAGGCAGAUAAACCAAACAAUUUGGUUCAUGAUGAAGUUAUAUCUGACAUGGAUUACUUUAGGAGCAGAAUUAAGAACAGAUGGUCAGAUUCGGAAAGUUCUGAUGAUGAGGGUAGUACUGAUGGCAAUGAGCAUGGCGAUGGGGAUGAUGAUGAUAGCACCGACUCUCAGAACAAGAGUAACCAUGGUCCUCUUCAGGAUACCCUUGAAUUUGAUGUUUCCAGAGGGGAGGCUGAAGAUGGGUCUUCCGGAGAACAUGGUAUUAAUAACUCAGUUGACCCUUCGUCAAGUCAAGAAAACAAGAAUGAAGAAGUUCUGGAAUCUGGCCGUCUCUUCAUCCGUAAUCUUCCUUACACUGCCACUGAGGAGGAGUUGGAAGAGCACUUUAGCAAAUACGGCACCAUCUCUCAGGUCCAUAUUGUCAUUGAUAAAGAUACAAGACGCUCUAAGGGAAUUGCUUUUGUUCUCUUUGCUCUCCCAGAAUCUGCUGCUAGGGCUUUGGAAGAGAUGGACAGCUCAAUUUUUCAGGGAAGGUUAUUGCAUGUCAUGCCUGCUAAACAAAAGAAUCUUUCUGAUACACAACAAUCCAAUGAUGCUGGCAGACAGUCUUCAAAAACAUUUAAGCAGCAGCGCGAUGCUGAAAGGAAGGCAUCAGAAGCAAGUGGAAACACACGGGCAUGGAAUAGUUUAUUUAUGCGCCCUGAUACUGUUGUUGAAAACGUUGCAAGGAAAUUUGGUGUCAGUAAAAGUGAAUUACUCGAUAAAGAAUCUGAUGAUCUUGCAGUGAGAAUAGCAUUGGGGGAGACUCAAGUGAUUUCUGAGACGAAAAAAGCUCUAUCAAAUGCUGGGGUCAAUAUUUCCUCAUUAGAGGAGUUUGCCGCUGGUAAAACUGACGGUCUAAAAAGAAGCAACCAUGUUAUUUUAGUGAAGAAUUUACCUUAUGGAUCAUCUGAAAGUGAAUUAUCAAACAUGUUUGGGAAAUUUGGCAGCUUGGACAGGAUCGUCUUGCCUCCUACAAAAACCUUGGCUUUGGUUAUCUUUCUAGAACCUGCUGAAGCUCGUGCAGCUUUCAAAGGUUUGGCUUACAAGCGGUACAAGGAUGCGCCGCUAUAUCUGGAGUGGGCACCUGGCAAUAUUCUCAGUCAAACCUCACCUGCAGGUGAUAAUAAAGUUGUGGGUGAACAUGAUGUCAAGAGAGCUUUGCUUGAACAAGAAGUUGAAGAAACAGCAGAUGCAGAUGUAGACCUAGAUAGAAUUGAGUCACGCUCAUUAUAUGUCAAGAACCUGAACUUCAAAACAUCCGACGACAGUGUGAAAAAGCAUUUUACAGAACACAUGAAGGGAGGAAAGAUACUAAGCAUCAGGGUGAAGAAGCAUGUAAAGAAUGGGAAGAAUGUUUCCAUGGGAUUUGGUUUUAUAGAGUUUGAUUGUGUUGAUACUGCAGUGAGCGUUUGCAGGGACCUACAGGGAACUGUUCUGGAUGGGCAUGCCCUCAUAUUGCAACUUUGUCAUGCUAAAAAGGAUGAAGUAUUACCUAAAAAAGUUGAAACUGACAUAAGCUCAACAAAAUUGAUAGUAAGGAAUGUAGCUUUUGAGGCAACAGAGAAGGAUCUUAGACAAUUAUUCAGUCCAUUUGGUCAGAUAAAGAGUUUAAGGUUGCCGAUGAGGUUCGGUAAGCAUAGAGGUUUUGCAUUUGUAGAGUAUGUGACGAAGCAAGAAGCUCGAAAUGCCCUUCAAGCUCUUUCAAACACACAUCUCUAUGGUCGUCACUUGGUUCUGGAGAGAGCUAAAGAAGGCGAGAGCUUAGAGGAAUUACGGGCUAGAACAGCCGCACAGUUCACAGACUCAGACUCAGCUAAGUUAUCAAAAAAAAGGAAGCACUUGACAGUGUUGGAUGAAGGAAAUAUCAAGUUUGAAAGAAUUGCAGAAUAGAAUAGUUUAGCUACUUGUUGAAGUUUUUAUUCUUUGUAUUUUGGAGAUGCCUGAUAGUGGGAGACUGAGUUAAAUGUAGAUGUAUUUUUGAUAGAGUA